ACGCAAUGUCAGCCUGCGCAUAUUUUUUUAUGACUGCAGCCCUGCCAUGCAUGCAUGUCAUGAAUCUGUUUGUGUGUGUGUGUGCAGAAUGCUGUAAUUUUGCACAGUUACUAAAGGGGAGGGAGCGAUGCCAGAAAUGCUGAAGAAAUAGGUGGAAUAGAAAAAGGAUGAAAAGAAGAGCUACUUGCUUGGACAAAAAUGAGGGGAAACAGAUGCUGAGGAGAGAAUAGUAGGAUAAGAGGUACCCUGAGGAGAGAAAGAGAGGGAGAGAGAAAAAGAGAAGGAGAAAGAGUGAGAGAGAUUGUAAGGAGGAGGAAGAGGAGGAGGCAGAAGAGGCGAUCUGCUGAAGUAAAGCAGCAGCGCUGCUGAUUUUUACAAGACCCUCGGCAGCUGUCUUCUGUUGCUGUGGAGAUGGGCUGUUGGCUUUCUGGACCAUGGAUGGGUGACCAAACGAUGAGUGGGCGGAGUCUAGCGCACCUUAACCAGCGGGAUGCUUUAAGGAUUAUUGCUGCGAGUCAGCGCCCCAUCACCUUGCAGAUCAAGGGCCAAAGGAGGCGGGGCAAUGAGGGAGACAGGGGCUCCUGGGAACCCCUGCCGCUCAACUUGCAGCACCUCAACCUACCGCUUCCAAUGAGGGGGGCAGGAAUUAACACAUCUAGCCCCUCCUACCCAGAUAGACAUUAUUACGGUCAUCUGUCUCUGCCACAAGAUCACUGUGAUGGAGGACGGUAUAGCUACAUGUCUAGCUCUCCACGGGACACCGUGGAAAUCAACCAUCAGGAUCUAGAACUCGCCCGUCGUCGACAAAAAAAGAAGAACUGCCUGAUGGGAUGUUGCAAUCCUGACUUAGAUGAACCUACCACCUGCCACAGCCAGACAGAUGAUGAGGACUUCAUCCUAGAGAAGCCAUUGGGUUUCAUGCCCCUCCACCAUGAGUUGGACAGUGGCCUGGGUUGGACGGAUGGCUCCCUCCAUCAGGGUGAGCUCUCAGGACUAGAGACAGAGGAGGGAGGUCUGGAAGACUGCCAUCCACAUGGGAACUUUGCCACAGCAGGGUGUGGGGGGUUCGGAGGUGGGGGAUCUCCGUCCUCAGAGUCUUUCAUUUCGUCAGAGCUCAGCGACUCAGGCUUCUACAGUGUAAGCACUGGGGAGUUCAGGCACUUCCAGAGGCUCCUAGAAAAAAGGAUGCGUCUGUACAAUGCCAGGAUGCAGCAUCAGGGUGAGCCAUGUGAGAGACGCGAGAGGCGUGACAGCUGCCCCAAGAGCCACAGAGAGCUGCUCGAGUCUAUACCAGAGGCCUUGACGAUACAGCCCCCAUGUCAGCACCUACAGCAUGGGGUGGAGGAUGGAGCUGGGCCAGUCAUGGACGUCCAGCCUCGUGGACUUUUCAGGGUUUCAUCAGUCCAGUUCCAUAAAGCUGACCGACCAUGUCUGAACCGUCACAGUUCCAGCAGUGGAGCCCUCUUCAACCCCUCCUAUGCAGCAGUCCCACGAAUUAAUGCUCCGGUCCUCUCCACCUGCAGCACACCCUCCAGCCAUCGAAGACCACAAAUACCCAUGCAGCAGCAGUACAACCACCAGGGUUCAAGCUCGGUAGGGAUGCUAAGGAGAAGUCGAACCCUGCACCAUCGACCUCCUCCACAGGAAUACCGCCGCCGGGCCAGCCACCCAGCAUCACCUUCCUAUUGUGCUGCAACUCUGCACUACUGUGGAGGUGUCAUGCCACACAACAUCCUUCCAGCAGGGCUGCCAGAGGAAGGUGAGCUAGAGGCUGGUGUGAUGGCUUCUCACCCAACAGGCAUGGCCUUGUCACCCCAACAACACCCGGUUGCUUUGGGGCACGUCAGGGGCACCAACACCAAUGAGCGAUGCUAUGACAACAACUUGAGUGGCCAGAUCAAUCAAAAUGACUGGUGGCACACUCAAGAUAGAGGCUUAAUGCCUGAGCCAGUGAUGGCAGAAAGAGACAGGGAGAUGGAGAGGGAAUUGGAACAAAAAAGACAACUGCAAAAGGAAAAGGAGCUGGAGAGGGAGAGAGAAAGGGAAAGGGAAAGAGAGAUUGAGAGAGAGAGAGAGAGGGAGAGGGAGAGGGAGGCAAAGCUGCAAGAGGAGAAGGAAAGAGAAAGGCAACUGGAGCUGGAAAGGAGCAGAGCUAGAGAGCAGCAGCACCUCCAGAGUCAUGUCGUCCCUCCCCAGGCAGGAGACGUCAAUGACACCUGGCCAAAACCAGCCAGUCGUCAGUCCUAUGGUGGUGGAGGAAGUAGAGGUCUCUACAGCACUUUGGAGGGCCACACAGGUGUUGGAACUGCUGCUGAAUGUGUGGCAAAGAAUGGACAAAUAAAUGCAAACUCAAGUCCUAAUCCCAGUUCCAGUCUGCAGCCAAAACCUAAUUCAAGCUCUAGAUCCAACACAACCUCACGAGUCACAAGGAGCCAGUUGCUCAGAGAUCGGGCUCAUCAGCUGGCAGAUGAACGGAGUGGAAUGAGCACCGAUGAAGAGACCAACACUGACAUGCUCCUGGGUCGCUACUGGAGUCGAACAGAGAGAAGAGAACAUUUCCUGUUGGCUCGGGAGCAAAAGCAGCAACAGCUGCUGGCCAGAGGUGGGCCUGUACGAGAUGCUAUUAGCUGGGGAGGAGCAUCUAUUGGAGAAGAAGGCUUGGUGGAAAGCAGGGGAGUUGGACCUUUUGCUGAGAGACGAUGCAAGACUGUCCUGGAACUGAGUCAAAGGAAGCUGAGUCGUCUGAGGAACAGAAAGCUGUUGGAUGACUGGACAACUGUAGAAGAGCUGCUGACUCAUGGGACCAGGUUGGACAACCAGGAGGACAUGUUAUGUCCAAGCUCCCUGUUGACAGUCACCACUGUCUAACUGCACUGACAUAAUGUGUAAUUGGAAGUGUGAGUGAUCUUAACCUAAAAAUGUAACAUUAUGUGAAUUUGCCUGUUCUGUCUUUCUAUGAUAGGUUCGAUGAUAGGAUGGAUGUCAGCUAAAGUAGGCAUCUUGUAGAGAAAGCAAGUUAGGGAAUAGUGGAAGGUCCAUUCAGAGUUGGGAGGAAAAAAAAAAACCAAACAAUUUAAAAGAAAAUUAGCAAUGGCAGCAAUUUAUUUUAAAUAAACUCUUUUGUCCAUGACAGGCAGCUGUCUCUUGCCCAACAAAACUGAAAACAUAAAUCUUUCUUGAGUCUCUUGCGUCACUUCAACAAGGCAUGUUUGGAUUCAUCAUUGGGUUUACAGAACCCUUAUAAAAAAAGGAAAUACCAAAAAUCCAGUCAGCCAUCCUCAAUUCAGUCUUUUUUGCUGGACUUCAGCUAUAACUCCAGAGCACAAAGUUCCUUAAUGGCCCCAUUAGAACCUGACUUCAGUGGAGGUUUUGAUAAAUGUUAUAUGGAACAUUGCCCAGGGAGUAUAUGGGUGUGGUGGGGAUGAUGAGUUGUGUGUGGUCGGGAGCACUUGACAAAAAAAAAGCAAUUGUCAGUUGUCCCCAAACCAGCUCUAUAUUGAUUUUUGCAUGUGCAGUCAAUGGGCAGUAUGGAAGCAAAUUAUGCUGGUUGGUGUCUGAUUCCCAGCUUUCAAUUUGGAGCUUAAUUGCUCCAUGUUUUUGAUCAUGUUGUGUACAAAAUCUAAAAUACUUUUACUAGUCAAACCUGCAAUAUAUACAAUCAUCAAACCUGGAACUAUAUAUUUUUGCACUGAUCACAGGCUGUAAAAUGUCCAAUUUGUUUUUUUCAGAAAAGAAAAUUCUUAGAUUUCUAUUAAAAGGAAAACAAGAAGCAAAACUAUACAACUAUAUCCGGCGAUGGGGGGUAGAUGGAGAAGUUCCCCCUGGGCUCAAUUCAUGCUAGAACUGCCACUGUCUGACUGCAUUCACAGAUAGUCAGUUAUUAAUGUUCUGGUCUAUUAUCAACUAAGAGUUCUUACUAAAAUCUUUGGGAACUUCAUUAAUUAACUAAUUACCUUCAGUGAAAUGCAAAGAGAAAACUGACAUCCAUUCUCUAAUGUGUCUGUGGAAGACAGAAAACAAGAGCAUUUACACAACUGUUGCAUUGUUCUUUUAACAUAUUAUGUCUGAAAGGGAACUUCACUCUCACUGCUUUGCAUCACCUCAACUGAUAGCUUUACUUGUGUGCGUGUGUGACCACUGUACAGCACUCCGGACAAAACGUGUGAGUCAAUGCAUGACGCUUAAAAUAACAAAUGAGCAAGGCCAGACGAGCUCGUGUGUGUUUGCACCAUGUGAUUCAUGCAACAUCCAGUGCUAAAUAUAUUUCACAGAAUCUUUGAAACAAUUUCAGAUAAUUGGGUUUGAACCUCCAGCAGGCCAUGGGAUAUUUUGAGAGCAAUACUAUAUCUGCUAGAUAUAUGUUCUUGUCUGUGCACCUAAAAUAGAUCACAAACUCCUUUUACAUCGAUGACAAAGACAAAAAUAAAUGGUAGGAAAGCAGAUAAUGAUACCUAUGAGAUUUGAUACCCUGAAUGUCUUUUUUUAAAUAACAACUGUUUACAAAAAAAUAUUAAAAACAUUAAUCUGUAGGAGUUGGUGCAACACAAACAGAACGGUGUUGAUCAGUGGUAAGCAACAUGUAAAAGGUUUUACCGACAACUUUAAUCAGUAAAAUCAUAUGCUGCAAUGCUUGGGCAGGAUUUUAUGCUGCAUUCAUGUUACAUUGUUAAUGGCACUAUAAAACUACAUGCAUAUGAUUGCAAAUGUUUCCCACUUUAGGGAAAAGUAAUCAGGUGAUUUCAAGUAAAAGCACGUCAGAGUAAAAGCAGUGGUAAACUGAUCACUGUUUUUGCUUAUCUCUGAUUAGAAUCUACUGUUAGGACUGAUGUAAAUAUUCAGAUAAUUACAGUGACUACACUAUUAGUAGCUUUAAUUCUUAAUAUUAUAAUUACCAUGUCUCUAGUUGUCCCUGCUAAUUUUAGCUACAUGCUGCUUUUACCAGGGAGAUAAGACUAAAUGGAUUCAAGCAAGUUGACUAGAAUCUGGCAGCAUUAGAAAACUAAACACCACUGAUAUUUUGUGUUAUCUCUAUGCUUCAAUACAAAACAGUUUAAUUAGAGACAUGAAUGCAGCAUAGAAUAAUUAGUCUACCUUAGGUCAUGGCUCUCCUUUCCUGCCAGGGAUUUAACAAUUGGCAGGAUGUUUACAGAUCUACGCAUAAAAGAGUUUAUGCAUGUUUACUCAAACCAAGAGUGACAAGUUGACUGUGGAGAAUAGGUUUUUUGAGAAAGGAGAGUUGGACUCUGAUUAACCUUACAAAUCAGGGGUGUUCUGAUGUUCACAGCGUGUGCUCUGCAGGUAGAGCUCAAGAAACAUUCCACUUCAAGCCGGUGACUGGUCCACAGUUCAGGAACAAGUGCAAUAAUACCUCAAGUUAGUUUUAUCAUGGUUAUGACGGUGUCAGCUUUUCAGCGAAUGCAGUAAUUUGUUUUAAAUCAAAACGGAUGAACAAAAUGACAAGACACCACAAGUGCACAGUAAUCUUGGAGUCUACAGCAGCAACAGCAAAGGUUAUAUAGAUAUUUACAGUGUUUUUCCAUGAGAGGGACCUAAGAAUAAAAAACUUUUUGCACAUCGUUUUUAUAUAAAAAGUUUUCCUUACCUUUCUGUCCCAGGGACAUAGGCCAGUGGAGCAGCUGUAGAUAGAACGAUAGUGUUUGUUGAUGUUUUCGUAAUAAACUAUCACAGUGAUUUAUGGAGGAAAAAAAGUAGUUUAUUGUGGUUGUGUUGAACAUAUUUCAGUAUUUUUCUUGUGACGUUUCAAAACCAAGGUGGACAGUUUUAAUAAUCUUUAAAUCUUUCAAUACUAGUUGAAGUAAUUUAAAAGCUAGUGAGAUUUUCAUUUACUUUUCUUAUGAAGAGAACACACUAUAUAAAUAUUAUUGUCUCUUUAAAUGGAUUUUUGAAAUUGAAUUUUACUGUUGUUUUGUGUCAUUAUGAUAUGUACAUAUUGAUUUUGUCACACAGUGCGGCUGAGAGUAGAGUUGAGGGGAUGAUGAUGCCAUCUGAUGCCUCCAGUGAUUUAUCAUGUGAUUCUGUAGAUUUAUAGCUGUGUUGUGGAGGCUGUACAUACAGCACAGAGAUGAAAAUUGCAUCAUCGGAAUAUUUAAAACAUCACGUCAUUAUUCAUAAGUGGUAAUUUCUGUUUGUUCUGAAAAUUAAGAGUGCUAUCCAUAAGAUGUGUUAUAUAAAGAGAAAUUCUAAUUUUCAGGUAUGAUUUUGAAAGACUUGGUGCAUCUGACCCCUGUUUGGAGUGAGGUUGACAUCACCUUUUUAUUUUUUUUAUAUUUAUUCUCUCCAUCUUCAGAUAUGAUAGCAAAUAGGAGUGAGAACAUAGUAAUUAGAAAAGUUUUAAUGCAAAAUUAUGCCUUUUUGCCCUGUUAUUUAAUAAGAAUUUUGGAAGAUGUCACUCAAAAUAUAUGACAUGACUGCAUUGCAAAGAUAAUUUGAAAACAUUGCCAAGGGAAUACAGCGUUAUGUCAUGCUAUUUCCUUUUUCAGGAGAAGUUUUCUGAAAUCUGCAAGUGGAGUUAAUAUUAAACAAUUUAAGUUACAUCACUUGUUCUUGGUGCCAACGUUAGCCUUAAAAAGCUACAUUUUGUCACUUCAUUCUGCUUGCUGUUGUAAAACUGUUCAAUCCGAUGAUUUUUUUUCUCCUUUGUUACAUAAUCGGUACAAAGAAAACUAGUGACAGUGUAAGGCUGCAACACCAACCUCUAAAUAUGUCAGUCACUUAAACAUGAUACUAUAAAGAAACAAAGUAAUUAGAACUUUUGUAAGGGUUAAUCUUUUCAUCUAUGGUUAGGUUAGAUAUUUGUUUAUACCCCUGGCAGAUUUAGAUUUAAACUUAUGUUUAAUUUGAUGAAAAUAUUUCUUGGCCAUUAGACAUGCAUCAGCCCCCAAAGGCUUUACCAGUGAUCAUUGAUAGGGGUAUGGUUUUUUACACACUGUUUUGUGUUUAAUAAUAUGUAAAUAAAAAUAGAUUUCUUUUUCCAGAAAUUUUAUUAUUAUUAUCUUUACUAUGUUGUUCUAGCAGUUAUAAAUGCUAGUACCACUUCCAAUUAGAAACAAACUUCUUGUUGGAAUGAAAAUUAAUUUAAAUCUUAAUCUCCCAGGGGAUGAAUAAUGUUGAGCCCAACUCUAUGACCUACAUAUCCAUCAGUAAUGGCGAUAUAGUCGUAUUAUUUAGUCAUAGCAUUUCUGUUGAUUAUGAUGAUUUUCCGUUUACAGCUAAUUAAAAGAUGACAAUUAAGAUUAGAAUAUAACAGCAGACCUAUAAAAACAUUUUGAUACAGAAAUGUGGGCCUAAUGAAGAGUAUGUUUGAUACCUGCUUAAAGGUUGUUUUUUUCAAAAAGUACUUUUAAUCUGAAAAUGAGCAUCAUCUGAAUGCAUAUUCUAAUUUAUUAAAUGUGACUCUAUUUCAAUUUUUUUCCAAUUUAUACAAUUCAUACAAACAAAUGUGACUGUGUGAACCAUUUAUUCUUAAAAAUAUAUUUUAAACGCCAUACAUUCACUCGCACCCUAGGUGCCAAGGUGUGUGAACAAAAGCCUUAAAAUAAAUUGCUGUUAUGCAGACGUGAUGAUCCCAAGAUGUCAAUCUAUGCGGUCACUCCUCAAUAGUGAGCUCAUACAUUUUUUUUUACCUUCCCUAACAUUCUCCUGACCGUGCAUGGUGGGAAGACAAACUUGGUCCUCAUCCAGCCUUGUUGGUCAUAACAACAGGUAUUUAAACUUUUGAAUUAUUGCGCUGCUUGUUAAUAUGGGCAGGUUUGGGCAAUUAACUAUUUUCUUGUAGCCAUUUACUGACUUGUAAAGAUCCCAACACGUCUGCCUGACUUGAAUGACGUGUCCUUUUGUCUUUCUCACUUUGAAGAGUGGCUCAGAGAAACAGACCUCUCUACCCCAUGUUUAUACCACAGAGAAAAAGGAAAUCAAUGGGAAUUGUCGUGCAUGCCAAUAAUUAUGGUGCUGUUGUUGUAGAUAAAAACAAGUUAAGGGGAAAAACUCCCAUGCUAAGAAAUUAGCAUUGAAGUUAAAGAUUGCAUCUUUCUCAAUUCUUUUGUGUGAGAUUAUGCUUGGCACUAAAAUUAAGUUAUUUAUUUUAAGGUUUUUCACACAACUUCACAAGGGGUGUCAACAAGUGUGAAGGGAACUGUUUGAUAAAUACCUGAAAAUGUCACCACUAUACCAAAUUGUGGUUUAACAAUGGCAUUAAGUUAAUUUGCUGUGGACUCUGGAUUUAGUACAUUUAAUUUAACUUUCCACUUCCUCCAGCAUUUGUGUAAACUGUCCAUUUUUGGGUUAACAUUUGAUUCUUAUUCAUUUGGCCAAAAUAAAACAGAGAGCUGGGUGGUUAGUAAGAGAAGCCUUCUCUCACUGAAUCUUGCAUUCACUGUGUUUAUUUCCAUGUUCCUUUCUCUCUCGGUUGUGAUUCAAGCAGUCUGAAUAAUGGAUGACGAAGAGAGAAAUUUUCCUUACCGCCCACCCUCCUUCACCCUCUUUGCUUACGUUACACAAGGACAUGGAUGGCUGAAAAUAGCUCUGCUGUCCUCAUGUGAUGUGAAAUUAAAAGCACACUGGAGCGGGGACACUUGCUGCUGGGAAACGAAACAUUUGUUCUACUCCAUCUGACAAUCCCUCCAUCCAGCCUGCAACACCAACCCCAUCUGUCUGUGCAAUGGUACUUUUCACUACGGCAAGCUUUUUAAAAUAUGAUGUACAUGUGAUUGUAAUAAAGAGAUUUUAAUUAGCUA